AUGGCUAAUGUCACUCCAAAGCAGGUGUUGUGGUACAUCCCAAAUCAAAUCGGCUAUACAAGAGUGUUGACUGCAAUUGUGUCGUUCUUCUUAAUGUCCAAACACCCAAUAUGGACAACCUGGAUAUACGGAGUUUCUUGCCUGUUGGAUGCGCUUGACGGCACCAUGGCUCGGAAAUACAACCAAACCAGUGGAUUUGGUGCCGUACUGGAUAUGGUAACCGAUAGAUCGACCACCUCCUCAUUGAUUUGCUACCUGUGCAUUGCGUUCCCUAAGUAUGCGCCAGUCUUUCAACUUCUGAUAUCCCUGGACCUUUCAAGCCAUUACAUGCAUAUGUACGCUACGCUGAGCUCCGGAGGUGCCUCUCACAAGAAGAUUGAGAAAGAACAAUGGCUCUUGCACCUUUACUAUAGCCAUCGUUGGGCGCUCUUCACCAUCUGUGCUUUCAAUGAGCUGUUUUAUCUGGGAUUGUACUUGUAUGCAUUUCCACAACUAUGGUAUUUCAAUGUUCCCAUGAUUGGCCCAGCUCACAUCGGCGGAAUCUUGGCAGGUGUGUGUUUGCCCGGGUAUAUAUUUAAGCAAGUGGCUAACGUGGUGCAAAUGAACCGGGCCGCCAUGCUGUUAGCUACUAAAGAUGCAGAGGCCGCUAAUAUGAAGCAAACAUAG